AUGCCUCAUCAAUCGGGACAUUGCAAGAAACCAAUCCUUAUUGGUCCAUCCAUACUUAAUGCUGAUCUUUCUCGUUUGGCUGAUGUUUGCUCAAAUCUGAUGGAUGCCGGUGCUGAUUACUUGCAUUUAGAUGUAAUGGAUGGACACUUUGUUCCUAAUCUGACAAUUGGUCACCCGGUCGUUGCCACAUUGAGGCCGCAUCUUCCCUCCAAAACGUUUCUGGAUCUUCAUAUGAUGGUCGCUGAACCAGAAAAGUGGAUCGAUGGCAUGAAAUCUGCAGGUGCAUCGCAGUAUACUUUUCACUAUGAAGCCACCAGUGAUGUACCACGUUGCAUUCGACUCAUUCGUGAAGCUGGCAUGAAAGUCGGUUUGGGAAUCAAACCAAAAACUCCAGUUGUCGAAAUCCUCCCGUUCGUGGACAGCGUGGACAUGGUGCUUAUUAUGACAGUCGAGCCAGGGUUUGGUGGACAGAAAUUCAUGUAUGACAUGCUACCGAAGGUCAGUCAUUAA